AUGAUUCCACGGACACUUCAAGAUAUCCUUGUCACUCUGCUGCUAUCUCUCCACGGGAUUGUAAAUGCAGCACGACCACUGAUGGUCUGUUAUUACACUGCAACCUCAUACUUCCCUGUUUCUCAAGUGCCAGCCAAUGUGUGUACUCAUAUUAUCUAUGCCUUUGGUAGAGUUGACGUGGAAGGAAUACAACCUCAGUCACCAGGCGACUUGCAAAAUUACAGGACGCUUGUGCAAUUAAAGAAGACGAAUCCAAGCUUGAAGAUCCUGCUGUCCCUGCAGAACGGAUUUCCUUCGGUAGUAGGAGCUGAUCAAGGGACAGUGAAAAGAUUUUCACAGUCAGCAGUAAAGUUUCUCGCGGACAAUGGAUUUGAUGGCGUCGAUCUGGACUGGGAAUACCCGACCGCAAGUGAUAAGAACAGCUAUAAGACAUUUAUUGAAAUUUUACGCAAAGAAAUAGUUGGAGCCAAGAUGUUACUGUCAGCAGCAUUACCCAAUAACCCAAGCUAUUUCACAGGAUAUGACGUGAAUUGUCUUUCGAGCAACAUGGAUUUUAUGACAGUCAUGGCCUAUGACUUCCACCUCUUCACGAAGAAAGACACAACAACAGGUUACAACAGUCCUUUGUACACACCUAAAGGAGAAAGCCAGUACUUGUCUGCGAGUGCCUUGGUCACCUAUUUUCUUAAAGUAGGACUACCUUCAGGCCAAUUAUUAUUGGGCAUUCCACUCUACGGUCGCUCAUGGACUCUGGCUCAAGCUUCUUCGCACGAUUUGCACUCUCCUGCAAUUGGUAAAGGAAGUCCCGGCCCGUAUAGGCAUUUCAAAGGCCUAUACUUGUAUCCGGAUGCGUGCGUGGCUCUACAGAGAGGCGCUAACAGUGUACUGGAUGCAACAAACGGUGCAGCUUAUCUGUAUGCAAACACGACAUGGGUUGCAUAUGAAACGAUAGAUACUAUAAAAUUAAAGGUUGCCUGGAUGAAGUCUGUCAGUCUCGGAGGUGUUGGUGUGUGGGCUCUGCAUCUGGAUGAUAACGCGGGAGUGUGCCGCGCUGGAUUAUUUCCAUUGCUCAACGCUAUUAAAUCCAAUUUGGGAAUCUAA